GUCCUCGAGCCCCCUACUCUUCCGAACAACAUAAUGGCUCGAGGAGAAGAACCGAUGCUUACGCGUCGUCCGUCGUCGCAUAAUGAUGAGCGAGCGACCGAAGAGGACGCUCUUCUGACUGGACAAAGACCCCACCGCCAACCCUCUGCCUCACGAUGGGCAAGAUAUCGAGAGAUUGCCCUCUUCACCUGGGGUCUUGUAGCAACUGCCGCCAUCAUCGUUCUAGCCGUCGUGUAUCAACACCAGACGUCGGAGGCCAAUCCAGAGACACAUCGCGAACGACCCAAUGGAAAGAGGAACCUUGUGUUCAUGGUAUCUGACGGUAUGGGUCCUGCCUCGCUGGCCUUGACUCGCGGCUUCCGACAGCAUGUCAACGAGCUGUCCUGGGACGACACUCUGACCUUGGACAAGCACUUUAUCGGAAACAGUCGUACUCGAAGCAGUAACAGUCUCGUCACGGACAGUGCUGCCGGAGCCACUGCCUUCAGCUGCGGACACAAGUCUUACAACGGCGCCAUCAGCGUUAUGCCCGAUCACACACCUUGCGGGAGUGUCAUGGAAGCCGCGAAGAGGGCUGGCUACACCACUGGCCUUGUCGUCACUACUCGCAUCACCGACGCUACCCCUGCAUGCUUCGCCGCCCACGUCAGAACUCGUGCUAUGGAAGAUCAGAUUGCCGACCAACUCAUCGGCAACGGCCCUCUGGGCAGAAACGUCGACUUGAUUCUUGGUGGAGGAAGAUGUCAUUUCCUGCCCAACACCACCGUCGGAGGCUGCCGAGCUGACGGCAAGGACCUCAUUGAGAAGGCAGACGAGCACGGCUGGAACUAUAUUGCCUCUCGCGAAGACUUUGAUGGUCUCGACCUUGGCUCCUCGGUCAAGCUCCCUCUGCUUGGCCUGUUCGCGCCCACCGACAUCCCCUUCGAGAUCGAUCGCAGACAUGUCAACGACCAGUAUCCGUCGCUUGAGGAAAUGGCCAAGACCGCCCUCCGUGCCCUCAGCGACGCCACGAAAGACAGUGACCAGGGCUUCUUCCUCAUGAUUGAAGGAAGUAGGAUCGAUCACGCUGGUCACAAUAACGACCCUGCCGCUCAGGUCCACGAGGUGCUUGCCUACGAUAGAGCAAUGCAGGCCGUCAUCGACUUCCUCGAGGACGAUGACACUGAAGGUCUCAUGGUCGCCACCAGUGACCAUGAGACCGGCGGCCUUGCUACUGCCAGACAACUCAAUGUCAACUACCCUGAAUACCUUUGGUACCCUGGCGUUCUCGCCAACGCAACUCACAGCACCGAGCACACUGCCCGUCUGUACUUCUCGCACCUUUCGUCCCCCAAACACUCGGGUGUCGAUCUCCGUAAGUAUCUUACCACUUUAAUUGACGAUAAUCUGGGUAUCAAAGACGUCACUCGCGAAGAAAUCGACCAUCUCAUCGAACACCCUGUCCUGAGCCCUUGGACAAUUGCCGACAUCAUCAGCAAACGUAGUCAGACUGGAUGGAGCACUCACGGUCAUACUGCUGUUGAUGUGAACAUAUACUCUUCUGAUCGCCAUGCCUCGAAGAAGCUCCAUGGCAACCAUGAAAAUACAGAAGUCGGUGAAUUCUUGCGAUGGUAUCUCGAUGUUGAGGGCGAGGUUGAAGAAGUUACCAAGGAGCUGAAAGAUAAGUUGGAAAUCUCUAGUGGCGAGAGCUGGUUGGGGUCCAUUCCUUCCCAAGAGGAACUAGCUAAGGUCUCAAGCCAUCUGAUGAGUCCUCAAAGAGGCUUUGAUUGAACACACAGACCUGGCUAGAAAGUUCAAAGCAUUAGCAUAGAAAGGACUGGAGGAGCAUUGCAUUGAUAGAACAUAUACUCGCAUACGCUGGAGGCAAGCAUUUCAUGUCGUUUGAUAGAGCCAAUCAUCUGAUUACUUACCUUUGUCCAUCUCUGCUUGAUGAUGUCUAUGCAGAGGAAAGUCCUUCCAUCAUGUAUACUUGGAUGAGAGGUAGCAUGUAUGUAAAGUAGCAUAUGGUCUCAGAUCUACCCCCUAACAAGCAGCCCAAUCAUUACAAGUAGAUGUCGCUGGGUGUGCAGUCUCUGGGUGUAAAGGAUGAGAGUGACUUCGCUAGCAAGACUGUAGUCCUCUUGGCUGCUCAGAGGACUCAAAGUCCGACCUUGGCUGUCGAGAUAGACCCAGCGGAACACUAUUCGCGAGUCAUGGAGCUCUGCUGAUGUCGAAUCAGUCCAU